AUGUCGUUGCACAAUCGCCUUUUGGAAGACGCUGAGCGGGAUUUGAGGCAGGUGGAGAGAGAGGUGCAGAGGCACAUGAGGCUGCUGGACCUGCACCUGCGGCACCUCCGCGAGGAGCUGCCUGCGUCCUGCCCAUGCAGCCUGGCCCUGUGCCCCUGCUGCCUGCGCCAGCCCGACCUCUGCCCCUGGGAGAGAAGGGCCCUCGCCGCAAGGCUGGACGUGGAGCGAAAACUGGGCAGCAUGCAAAGAAGACUUAACAGGAUGUUGAACUCUUCCCGUGAUCAUAAGCUUUUGGCUUUGAUGGACGUGAAGGGUUUUGACCCCGAGGAAGUCACUGUAACGGUGAAAGAUGGGAAGGUGAAGGUGUCAGCGGAGCACGAGGAGGAGCACACCACCGCAAGAGGGAAGGAGUAUAACUACAGAAACAUCACAAGGGAAAUCAGCCUGCCGCCGGGGGUGAGCGAGGACGAGGUGACCUACUCGCUGGGACCCAAUAGUGUCGUGGAGAUCGAAACGGCACACGAGUGCUACCCUUGUCUGCUGAGCCGCUGA